AAACAAAUAUGAUUGCUCUUGUUGCUUUGUGUACAGGAUCUCCCUAAAAGCUGUACUGGGGGAAAGGGGGGCCAUGUGAAGAAUCACAGCACAUGCCAGAAUUUUCCUAGUAUGUGUCCAGGCCCAUGAAGUUAAGAUCUGAAGUUCAGAUGUUAAAAAUGUACAGGUGAGAGCAGUACUGCCUCCCAACAAAUGUAUUCCACGCAUACUCUAAGCAUCAGGGAAGGUGAUGUUCCCUUUUUUAUGGCCUUGGCAGCUGAAGAAGUUAGAUGAAGACAGUUUAACCAAACAACCUGAAGAAGUAUUUGAUGUCCUGGAGAAGCUUGGAGAAGGUUCUUACGGCAGCGUGUUCAAAGCCAUCCAUAAAGAAACGGGUCAAGUUGUUGCAAUUAAGCAAGUUCCUGUGGAAUCUGACCUGCAAGAGAUCAUAAAGGAAAUAUCCAUAAUGCAGCAAUGUGACAGUCCUCAUGUGGUGAAAUACUACGGCAGCUAUUUUAAGAACACAGACCUGUGGAUAGUCAUGGAGUACUGCGGCGCUGGAUCUGUGUCUGACAUCAUUCGAUUACGAAAUAAAACCCUCACAGAGGAGGAAAUUGCUACAAUAGUGCAAUCGACCCUGAAAGGACUGGAGUACCUGCAUUUUAUGAGGAAAAUACACAGGGACAUCAAAGCUGGAAAUAUAUUGCUAAAUACAGAGGGACAUGCUAAACUUGCUGAUUUUGGAGUGGCAGGACAGCUUACAGACACCAUGGCAAAGCGGAACACAGUCAUAGGGACCCCGUUUUGGAUGGCUCCAGAGGUGAUUCAGGAAAUUGGGUACAAUUGUGUGGCAGACAUCUGGUCCUUGGGAAUCACUGCAAUAGAAAUGGCUGAAGGAAAGCCACCCUAUGCAGAUAUUCAUCCCAUGAGGGCAAUUUUCAUGAUUCCUACCAAUCCACCUCCAACAUUCCGGAAACCAGAGCUCUGGUCAGACAAUUUCACAGACUUUGUGAAGCAGUGUCUCGUGAAGAGCCCGGAGCAGCGAGCCACUGCGACACAGCUGCUGCAGCAUCCAUUUGUUAAAAGUGCCAAAGGAGUAUCAAUUCUGCGGGACCUGAUUAAUGAAGCAAUGGACAUCAAGCUGAAACGCCAAGAGGCACAACAGCGUGAACUCGAUCAGGAGGAUGAAGAAAAUUCAGAGGAGGAUGAGACGGAUUCGGGUACCAUGGUGAGGGCGAGCGGGGAUGAAACUGGCACAAUCAGGGCUGUGAACACCAUGAGUGAUGGAGCCAACACCAUGAUAGAGCACGAUGGCACCCUGGAGUCCCAGCUGGGCACCAUGGUCAUCAACACCGAGGAGGAGGAGGAGGAGGGCACCAUGAAAAGGAGGGAUGAAACGAUGCAGCCAGCCAGACCAUCAUUCCUUGAAUACUUUGAACAGAAGGAGAAGGAGAAUCAGAUCAAUAGCUUUGGGAAGAAUGUUUCUGGCCAGACAAAAAAUUCAUCUGAUUGGAAAGUACCACAGGAUGGAGACUACGAAUUUCUGAAGACUUGGAGCGUGGAAGAGCUUCAGAAGAGGCUCUCUGCCCUGGACCCCAUGAUGGAGCAGGAGAUCGAGGAGAUUCACCAGAAGUACCAGUCCAAGCGGCAGCCGAUCCUCGACGCCAUCGAAGCCAAGAAGCGGCGGCAGCAGAACUUCUGAGCCAUGGGUAGAACGUUCUUCCAUCCUCAAACAAUCAGCCCCUUGCUUUUAUGACUACUGAACAGAUUGAUUUCUAUUGAAAUAUGCUAGCAAAAUAGAGGGCAAUACUUCUGCUCGUUUAUUUUUCCAUAGCACCUUUGUGAACUCAGGAAUGCCAUUUCGUGGAAAAUCCUGAUUGUAUGUUUUAAUGUUAGACAUAUAUUUAAAACAUUAUCCCAAAAGAGUUCUGUUACUGGUUUUGGGAGGAUUGUUUUUAAACCAGAGGAACCAGAUAGAAAUAGGCUAAUGAAAGUUGGCUCACUCUCUUUUCAACGGAACUUUCAGGAGUCCGUUUUGGUUUAAGUUAAUACAGAUUGUUGUCUGUAACAGCUGAUUCUUUUGUGGGUUUUUUUGUUCUUGUUUCCCUUCAUGAAUGCACAGACUCAAUUUCAAGCUGUUAACUGUUUCUGCUGUUAAGGUACUGAUAAGUUUUAGGUCACUGAAGAGAGCAGGUGAGAACAUGUACAAUCCGUUCCAGCCUUUCGAAAGAAACUUAAAUCUCAGUUUUUAAAAAGCCUGUAAUAAGCCCCAUGCCUUACACUGUGUGCUUUAAGCAAGUGUGAUUUCUUCAAGACCUCAGUUUUGUCCUCGUUUUGUGUACUUCAUGAAUUUAUACGAGUAGAUAAAGCAUGUUGUGCCUCCAUAAGAAAUUACAUUCUGUAAUUUAAAAUCCACGCCCACUUAAAACCAAAAGCCAGUCAGUGAUCUGCUACCCCUUUGUCUGUCUGUUUGGAAAUGUCCUUCCAGGAGACCCUGCUGAGAAUGGAGUGCUGGGAAAAAAAAACGGUGUUUGAAUGGGUGGAAGUUGUGUGAACCUCUCUCAGGAAUUAGGUACUUCAGCUGUGUCUAAGAAGACUUAAAAAUCUCCACAGCUUGUGAAAUAUUUUAUAGGCUUUAUUUCAAAUUUACAUCUUUGGAUGCUUGAAUAAAAACUUGAUUUCACAAUCCUUCACAUUUCUGCAAGGUUUAGCACAUCAGGAGAGUCAAACAAAGUAAAGACUGUUGAAUUAACAAAGAUGUGCAUUUAUGGUGGUGAAGCAAAGGCGGAGUUGAUCUGGAUGAGAAGACAAUUACCAAUGUCCUGCUGGAAGAGGUUCAGCCUCUUCCAGUUCCUCUGGAUGCUCUUGUGUUGUUUUUUUUAAUUUCCCUGCCAUCCCAGCCCAGCAUAGCUCAAUCAGCCGCAAUGCCCCAAGCACGUACAAUCGCAGUGAGGACGGUGCAAUCAGCUCACAUCAGUGGAGAGCAGCACAAAGCCGGUUUGCAGGGCAGAGACUGAGCGCUGCCUCUGCCCCCUGGGCUCUAACAGCACAGCUGUGUGGUUUUAGGUGUUCCUAGCAUAUGAUGGAAUGUUUGGGCAGAGCAAGUGUUUCUGCCAAUAUUCUUUUAUUUUGCUCUGAUAGAGGGAACGGUUUCCACGUCGUGCUUCUGAGCUAGGCCUUGGUACAUCACCUAGCUGAUUAAACAGCAGUGUCUCCUGAAUCAAGUGCUGCUACAGAGGUGAUGUGUUUGUUUCAUGUUUCUGUAGGCUCUUGGCUGCUGCUCACAGUUCUGCUCCACAGCUGUGAAAGGAACCAAGCCAUUCUUACCCUCCGCAGGGCUCGUCGCAUGGGUUUGUCUGUUUGGUGAUGCGGUGGGAUCGCAGCUGUCCCUAAGGAAAGGGGAGGCAGUGAGCAGGGUGUGCAGGGGGCUGCAGGAGGAGUACAUCCUGGGACAGCCAGCAGUGUGACAGCCUCAGGUCCUGGGGAGCAUCGGGGCUCGAUCCGUGCUCCUCUGAGCCUGUGCAAUAGGCUUUGCCCUAUGUGAUGAGCGAUUCCCACGAGCAUCCUUUGCAUCAAAGAAACUCCUCCAGAUUAGCAGGGAGCUCUCUGGCCAGUGUUGGACCUUGUGUAAGUCAUUUGGAUGGAUGUGGCCCAGCACCUCUGGCGUGACAAGCAGAUCUGUGCCGUGGUAAAUUGUGCACUGCUUGUGUGGCCUGGGUUAAGCCUGUUCUGCUGGAAGGAUUUUUUUCUUCUGCACUGUAUAGAUAACUCUGUAGAGAUCAGAGGGCAUUAGAAACCCCAGCUUUUAGGUGAAACACCACGGGGUGGUGUCUAUUUACAGAAUAUGCAACCUGUGACUGCUGUAACUGAAUGUAAGCACUCUUGAAAUACUCUGCUUUGCUGACGUGAUUGUCUUAAAAUGUAGCAAACGAACCAAAAUAACUAAAACUGGUCCAAUGGCUUAACUGUCUUGGAACCUUUCCUAAGUGCUUGCAGUGGGUGAGACUUUAUGAUGUUUCUUGCACUUGGAGCUGUAGUGCAGAGGAAUUAUUUUUCCCUUCACAGGUUUUCAGUUUGUUGGAGAAAAUACUUCCCUUUUUGGUCCCUUUGUAGAACGUCUGGGAGCAAAGUACCUGUUCAUUUCUCCAAAAUCCUCCAAGCUAUGAACAAGGCUGGUACCAUAAGGGAAGGAUGUUUUGACAAAGUUCUAAGCAAAAAACUUGCUUAAUUGUGAAGCUGCAUUCAUGUGCUCCUUGGGUCCAUCUGCACUGUGGAAAGGGUUCUGGACAAGCCAUUCUCCUUGCUUCUAAAACCCAGAGAUACUGAUGGUGUCAGUCAUGUGAGACUUACAAAUGUGAAGUUUGUAGCUUUAACUCUUUUUGUAACAAAGAAAUUAGCAACACUGGCAUAAACUGCUGACUUGAAAUGCUGUUUUGUAAGAUCUGGCUGUUUGUAUAUAAUAGUGUUGGGUCUUUAGUUUGUAUAUGUAUGAAACAGUAACUUUUAUUGCAUUCCUCUCAGUUUGAUACAGGAGAUUUUGUUUGAUCUUUCUGAAAUAUCUUGCCUUAUUUGUUCAAAGGGGCAAAUAAACUGUCCCUCCCUGAAA